UUUAUCACAGAAUUAAUGUGUUCUUUACAAGAAAAUAUUUAAAAUUUAAUUUUUAGAUCGUUGCUUGUUUUUCGAGUUGUUAAAGUAAAAUCUAGUUUUAGUUAAAGUUUCUGAAAUGUCGAAGAUAUUCACACCUACUAAUCAAAUUCGACUUACGAAUGUAGCAGUCGUGCGAAUGAAAAAAGGUGGUAAACGAUUUGAAAUAGCGUGUUACAAGAAUAAAGUGAUCUCGUGGAGAAAUGGCAUCGAAAAAGAUAUUGACGAAGUAUUACAAACACAUUCAGUAUUCACUAACGUAUCCAAAGGUCAGGUAGCCAAAAAAGAAGACUUACAAACAGUUUUUGACACUGAUAACUUAACUGAUAUUUGCAAACGAAUAUUAGAAAAAGGGGAAUUACAGAUUUCUGAUAAAGAAAGAUCUGCUCAAUUGGAUGCAUCUUUUAAAGAUAUUGCUACCAUUGUUGCAGAUAAAUGUGUAAACCCUGAGACUAAAAGACCUUAUUCUGUAACAAUGAUUGAAAAAGCCAUGAAAGAUGUUCACUAUUCUGUAAAACCAAAUCGAAAUUCUAAGCAACAAGCUCUGGAAGUUAUUCGUUUAAUAAAGACAGUACUUCCACUUGAAAGAGCUAUGAUGAGGUUAAAAGUAGAGUCAUCGAGCAAAGAUGCAAAAAAGUUAAAAGAAAAAUUUAUUGCUUUAGCUUCAUCUGUGGAGUCUGAAAAUUGGGAUUCUGGACAAAUUACUCUGAUUCUACUUAUUGAUCCUGGAAAUUAUAGACAAAUUGAUGAGCUUGUUAGAACAGAUCCAAAAGGUACUACUCAAAUGGAAGUACUCAGUUUAAAAGAAGUUGUAGAAGGGGACACAUUUUUAGACUGAUUGAUUAAUUAUAUUUUUAAAAACAAAAUAUUUGCAAUUAUUUUUUUA